AUUGAUUUGAGAAAACACCUUAUUUCAAAGGACCAUUUUGGAAAUUCACUCAUAAAAUAAGAACAAAACUACUCCGUACUUUUUUAGAGUAUUUUUUUUCGUUUUUGGAAAGAAGGAAUAUAUGAGCUCGUGCCAAGCCAAACAAGCCACAUCUAAAGAACAGAACUUAUUGGGCCUUAUUUUUGGAAACCGAAAGUAUUUUAGUUUUGUUUUGGGCUUUUUAAUCCGAACUCAGUUCGGACUUCGGAUAUGCUCUGCUUUAUACAUACGGAGUAUUUCCAUAUCUGAAAAUCUCGAAGCACGAAAUAUCGUUCUCGAGAAAUCGGCAAAUCGGUAAACAUGCCGCCGAAGAAGAUGGGCGUGAACAGUAAGGCGGAGGCAUCUAGGGCCCGGAAGACCGCCGUCGAAGCCGAGCGGAAGGACAGGGAGGCGCGCGAGAAGGAAGAUCAGUACUGGCGCGAAGCAGAGGGGUCGAAGUCGCGCGCGGCUAAGAAACGCGAGGAGGAGGCGGAGAAGCGAGCGGAGACCGCCGCAAAGAAGGCAGAGGCGCGCCGUCUCGCGCUACAGGAGGAGGAGGAACUGGCGAAGGCUCUGAAGAAGCCGGACAAGAAGGCUGAUCGGGUCUCGAUUCCCGUGAAGGUGACGGAGGCUGAACUCCGUAGGCGGAGGGAAGAGGAGCAGGUUGCGAUUCAAAGGAGGGCCGAGGAGGAGAAGCGGAGGCAGGCCCGUGUCGCGGCUGAGGAGGAGUAUGAAAGGAUGGUUCUGGUUACAAAUACGAACCGGGAUGAUUCCAUCAUCGAGGCCAGGUCUGUGGAUGAAGCUCUUGCUCGAUUGACAGUUGCAGAAAAUUUGCCUGUGGAUAAGCAUCCAGAGAAGAGGCUUAAAGCUUCUUUCAAGGCCUUUGAAGAAUAUGAGCUUCCAAGGCUGAAAGCAGAUAAACCAGGGCUUACUCACACUCAAUACAAAGACAUGAUUUGGAAGCUAUGGAAGAAAUCUCCUGAUAAUCCACUUAACCAGGUUGCAGAUAAACCGUGAGUGUGUAUUUGUUCUUCGAAGGCAGGCUGUUUCAAUCGGGUGCACAUCACACAUAUCUUCACGGGAGUGCAAAGUUAUAUGCCCCUUUGUCAUCUUCUUUGAAUGUCUGCUGGUAACCAGUGAAGUUAUAUAAGUUAAUGUACUUGCUGUGAUUGUUUUGAUCCAUGAACAAUGCUCUACCAUUCUUUUACUAACCUUAUGUAAUUAAUGCAAUAAGUUUUCUUCAAUAUCCCAUUAGAGGUAUGGUGAAUAAGUUUGUGCUGGCUUA